GAGGGAAAUAGGGGUAUGGGGGGGUCAGGGGGGUUUUGGGGUGCCCCUGACUCCCCCCGCCAGGUGUUCCAGCGCCGCCAGGACGGGAGCACUGACUUUUGGCGGGGGUGGGAGUCGUAUGCCCACGGCUUCGGCAACGUCAGCGGCGAAUUCUGGCUCGGCAAUGAGGCGCUGCACGAGCUGACGACCGCGACCCCCACGGAGCUGCGCGUUGACCUGCGGACCGCCCGCGACGCCGCCUUCGCGCUCUAUCGCGACUUCGCUGUCGGCGGCGCCGAGGAGCGAUACCGGCUCACAGUGGGAGCGUUCAGCGGCACCGCCGGGGACGCCCUCUCCUACCACUCGGGCAGCCCCUUCUCGACACGGGACCGGGACUUCCGAGACCCUCGGGACCGCCGGGACCCCUCGGGGCGGCCCCGGCCCCCACCCUGUGCCGUGGCCUACGGGGGAGCCUGGUGGUACCGCAACUGCCACUACGCCAACCUGAACGGGCGCUACGGGACCCCCCGAGACCACCAGGGCAUCCACUGGUUCCCCUGGAAAGGCUUCAACGUCUCCAUCCCCUUCACCGAGAUGAAGCUGCGGCCGCAGCGUGGCUGAGGGGGCUGGGGGGUGGGGGGUCCCCUGAGUGCUGGGGCUAGGGAAUCCCGGUGUCUGGGGGCCCCCUGGAUGCUGGGGGGUCCCACGUGGGAUCUGGGGAGUUCCAAAGGCGAAACUUUUAUUGGGGGGUAAAUAAAAGCUGAUGGUGA